AUGGACAGCGUGGGUGUUCCUAGCCUUUUGUCGUCCUACUAUCAUCCUCCUGUUAUCGUUGUCCCCUCUCCCCUUCAAUCCCAGCAAACCAAUACUCUGACGAAUAGCGAUCUGGUCUAUUUCUCUCGCAGGCUCGUUCUGUGGACGCUUCAUGGACUUUUUCUAGUGGCGAUCAUGGAGAAUCCAGGCUAUAUUAGCAGUGGUACACGCGUACCCUCAGAUAAACAUGAUACCAUACGCGGGCAUGAAUGGCAGUAUAUGACGAACUUGAUACAAGAGGCAUUGAUAUCCGACGUAGCCAGAAAUAGAAUACUCAAGCUUCGCAAUGAAACUGCAGGAGAAUACAUGGAAUGCAUGCUGAAGAUACUUGACAGUCCGGCUUCUCAUGGUAUCCACCUACCACGAGAAUGGCGAUACAAAUUAGGUCGUCUGCUUGUUUGUCUCUCUGCAGCAUCCUCGUCUGUUCCUCCCUCUCUAUUCAUCAAUGACAUAACUAGUUCAUCCAGAAAUGCUGUAGCGGGAGGAAGCUAUGCCGAUAUCUUUCUCGCAAACCAUGAAGGAAGAAAGGUUGCCUUGAAACGACUUCGUGUAUUCCAGACAAGUCAAGGCUCUGUAACAACGCAGUUCUACAGGGAGGCCAUUAUUUGGCAACGGCUCAAGCAUCUCUACAUCCUACCGUUUCUAGGUGUCGGAACCACCUUCUAUCCUUACCCCUGCAUGGUUUCUCCUUGGAUGCAUUACGGGAAUAUCAACAACUGCAUGAAACAGCUGGAGAAGAAUGGUCAAACAAUUCCUUUGAAAUCAUGGGUCUCUCAGAUCGCGCUUGGACUGCUGUACUUACAUAAUGAACACAUUGUCCAUGGGGAUCUUCGAGGAGCCAAUGUCCUCGUUACGGAUGAUCUCAUUAUCCAGCUAUCGGACUUUGGCUUGGCUCGGUUUGCUGACCCUAGCUCUAUGACUACUGGCUCACACCCUGGCGGCGCCGCAAGAUGGACGGCGCCUGAGGUUGUACAUUCAGCACAACCCGUUUCCGAGUGACAUUUAUUCGUUCGCCUGUCUUUGGUUAGAGCUGCAUACAAGGCGUCCUCCAUUUGCCAAUGUUCCAGGAAACUUGCAAGUGUUAGCCAAAGUAAUGCAGGGCCAACGCCCCGAUUGGCCUCAAUUCGCUCUAAAGGACCCGAGCCAUAUUUCAAAAUUGCAAUCCCUAGAUACGUGGAAAACAAUAAGCAAGUGUCUGGAUG